AUUAUUCAAAAAACAGUCUGCGAGAAAAGCGCAAAAACGUUUCACUUUUGCACCUGCAACACCUAUUUAUAAACAAAUUAUUGUGUGCAUGUAAAGCGUGCUAAGCCGGUUGGAUUUAGUUUUUUGUCUGCAUUAUGACUAUGGAUCCUUCUAAUAGUUCCCCUCCGACGCAUUCAAUAUCUUUCACGGAUAAAAUUUCAACUUUUGAGCUUUCCAGUUACGAAUGGUCACAAAAUCUACUGUGUGUCGCCCUACCUGAUAAGUUACUGUUAGGAGUGGUUCGUUUCCCGGAGGAAAGCGAUUUGGAAUGUUUCGAAUGGAACCAGCUCAAGGAGAUACAUCACGAGACUCGUUGCCAUGCAGUAGCAUUUGCCCCGGAAACUUCACUCGCCGUUUUACCUAAAGUUAUUGUAAUCUGUACAGCUGGUGCGGAUUUCAACCUUAGAAUUUUAAACAGUGAUCUGGAGGAUGACAAUACAGUUCAAAUCCUUUCGGGGCAUAGGAGCUACAUAAAUCAAGUUAGCUGGGAUCCAGAUGGAGAAUAUUUGGCCUCGUGUGGCGAUGAUCACAUGUGCAUCAUGUGGAAACGAAAAGAGAAUUUUUCGAAGGGAUCGACUUUCUUUUUCGGCUCAGCAGUCGUUUCGGCGAAAUGGCACCCGGAUGAAACCGGCAAAGUGUUGAUUGCAGAAAAAUCAGGAAUUGUACAUUUAUAUAAUGUGGAAUCUAAGUUGGCUAUACUAUCGGUAGAGAGUAGCAAGAAUCCGUUGAACUAUGCCGAUUGGAGCUUGAAUAAUUCUGCUUUAGUCGUAGCUUUGGCCGGUGGAGAACUGGUUUUCUGGGAUCUUAAGAAACCCAGCCGACCCAUUGAAAACAAGAGAAUUCAUGAAGACUGUGGUCACAUCGUUAAAUUCGCACCUCAUUCUGAGGCGAUCGUUGCUAGUGUGGGUCGGCCGAGGACCACCCUGAAGGUUAUCCAUGCCAAAAACCAGAUACCUCAGGUAGAAGCUAAGUUGCUGCUUUACGGUGGACUUUGCUGGCAUUACCAGCUCCCUUAUGUUGUAGCCGGACAGGACAAAAAGUUGUGUUUUUGGGAGAUUUGUUCCUAAAAUAAUAUUGAUAAUUCCUAAUAAACUCGCAUUCAUUUUAUCGAUA